AAGAAAGUCAUUCAAUUCAAACAUUUGAAUAACAGAGCGCCAUUUUUAUCACGAAACCCUUUAAAUAUUUUCAUCAAAUCGCUGUUUUUUUAUUUUUGAAGGAAUGGAGCAUGAAUAGUAAACCCUAAUUGAUGGAAGAGCCCAAACGAGUGUAUCAGGUGUGGAAAGGGAAGAAUGAAUUAGUGUUCUACUGUUGAAUAUACGAGAACAACUUUUCAUCGAACACUUGUCGUAAGAUGAAAUUCUUCUUUGGUGGGAGGUUGAUGUUCGGACCAGACGUCGGCUCCUUGAUAUUUACCUUACUACUUAUAUUAGCCCCCGUUUUCGUCUUUUGUGCUCUAGUUGCAACGAAACUUCUCCACGAACUUCAUUCGUAUAAUGCAGGAUACGCAAUUCUGUUCCUCGUUAUUUUUCUCACCAUAUACGUAUUGAUACUUCUAUUUUUGACAUCGGCUCGUGAUCCCGGAGUUGUACCUCGAAGUACAAACCCUCCAUCAGAAGAAUUUGGAGGAUACGAGUCUUCGGCUUCGGUAGAAGUCGGUGGAAAACUCUCGGAAAACUUGCAAUUCCCUCGUUCGAAAGAAGUUUUCGUGAACGGCGUUCCCGUGAGAGUUAAGUAUUGCGAAACGUGCAUGGUUUACCGUCCUCCGAGAUGCUCUCACUGCUCGAUAUGCGAUAAUUGUGUCGAGAGGUUUGACCAUCAUUGCCCCUGGGUCGGUCAAUGCAUUGGAAAGCGGAACUAUCGUACUUUCUUCCUCUUUGUUUCUUCGUCGGCACUUCUCUGUAUAACCGUAUUCUCUAUGUCGGCUCUGCACAUGAAAUUGCUUAUAAAUAAACACGCUACCAUUUUGAAAGCUAUAAAAGAGUCGCCAGCAUCGCUCGUAUUAAUCGCAUAUUGUUUCGUUCUUCUCUGGUUUAUCGGAGGCCUCACUUUCUUCCAUCUUUAUCUUAUUUGCUCCAAUCAGACAACGUAUGAAAAUUUUCGGAGAAGAGGGGGUUCGAGGGUGGUCAAUGCUUUUGACCGAGGAUGCACGAACAAUUUUGUUGAAAUAUUUUGCGGAAAAACGGAACCUUCUAGAAUAAAGCUCCGUUCGUAUGCACAUCAAGUGGUAGCAAAUUUUGCCUAUGUGUCUGAAAAGAACGGUACGGUCGAAGAUAGACGAGCAAAUGUAGAAGAAGGUGUCGAUAUAGGUAACGAUAUUUUAAAGAUUUCUCAACGGCGCGAUUCUGUACGAGCCGGUGAGCAGAUUAGAUAGAUUUCGUCUACGUGGAUUUUGUUUUGGUACGAUGAUUCUGUCGAGUAGAUCCAAGAAUAUACAUACUGAACUUUGUUGUUGUUGUUGUUGCUGCAU